AACCAAACCUAAAUUUGAUUUUAACCGAGCUCUAAGACAAGCGAAUCCGUGAGCUGGGUUCAGCUGGUUUGCAGCCUUGAGCAUGACUGUUGUGCGGAGCACCCAGAGAAAAGACCGAGACUGAAAAACGAAAAAAAAAAAAAAAUCUCUAAACCUCCAUCUGUUAACAGUCAUCCGUUCGAUCAUUUGGCCGGAAUUUAUUGAAAACAAAGAAUCAGUGACACGGAGGGAGAUCGGAGAUGCCGCUAGAGCCCCCUCCUUUCCAGGAAGCAGCUCGCUGUGACGUUUGCAAAUGCAGCUUUAACACUUUCCGGCGUCGGCAUCAUUGCCGAUGUUGUGGCAGGACAUUGUGCCAUGAACAUUCUGCGAAUCAAAUGGCUUUACCGCAAUUUGGCAUUCACACCAUUGUGAGAGUUUGUGCAGAUUGUUUUAAUAAUUCUUCUCGAGCUGGGAACGAUAAUCUUCAGACUUCUCCAGAUGGAGUUAAUCCUGUAACAGAUACAUUCUCUAGAUUAGACAUAGGUGCAGAUGUAGAUGAAAAGAUGGAGACAGUUGUGGAGCAUCGCCCUGUUUCUGGAGUUGUAGAGUGCAAGUGUGGUAUGCCUUUAUGCAUUUGUAAAGCUCCAGCCCCAACCCUAUCCACUGAUGCACGUCCCCUGCCAAUGAAAAACUCUUCCAGCUCUACAGCUCGGUCAAAUCCAAAGUCAAAAAAGACAGACACUGUUCCAAGAAAUAGAGGUUCCACAUCAAAUAGCAAAGUUGGUUCUGUUUUCAAUCCUGGUCAAGUGACAAAUGUUGCCAUGGAUACACCUCAGCCGGAUUAUGAUGUCAAUGGAGAGGGUUUAAGAGAAGCUAUAAAGAAUGGAGAUACUGCUGCUGUCAAGAAGCUACUGAGUGAGCAGGGUGUGGAUGCAAAUUUUCAUGACAAACAAGGAAUGUCUCUGCUACAUCUAGCAGCACUUUUUAAUCGAACUGAUAUAGCUUUUAUACUCAUGGAAUAUGGGGCAAGCAUGGAGUACAGGAACCCACAAGGGGAAACACCUCUGGACUGUGCACCAGCCACUUUGCAAUACAAAAUGCGUCAGAAGAUAGAAGAGAAACACCAGUGAUAUAAACCUCAAAGGAUGGGAGGAAAUUGGGUAUGCAAGUUGUCAGUUUCCCUCCAGGAAUUGCUGUGUACAAGUGCUGCCUGGAUUUUUAUGAUAUACAGAAACAGGCCACAACUCCUCUUUUCCAAGGUAAUAAAGAGAGUUUCAAUAAUCCUGCAGUAAAGGAGCAAAUAUAUGUGCUUGACUUCAACUGUGUAGUGGAUGUGUGGAAUAGUUUUCCAGCUUGACUUUGAAUAUACAGAUAAGAUGGAACUUAAAUGAGGCUGACCCUUGUCUCUCUGGUAUUUUUUUUUUUUUUAAAUAUUAUUCUAUUCUUUAGAUAGUAUUGUCUUCAUCUGAAUGUGUGUUUGCCGAAAGUUAUUAUGACAAAGAACCAAGCUUUAACUGCUA